AAAUAUAUAGUAGUAUUUUUUUCUUUUUUUUGACUGGCGUGGGGUUGCUUGAGCUCAUUCAUGAGCUGGAUCCACACUCAACGGAGAGACCCACUCUCGAAUAAGAAAGAAUAUAGCAAAAAUAAGUUAAACCCGCAACAAAGUGCAGAAAGUGAACUUCUUCUAGCACCGAACCAUGUCUUCAAUCUCAUAUACUACAAAAUUAGAGCAUAUAAAUUGCCCUUUCUCUAUCUCUCUCUAAAUUCCUCCUCAAUAUUUGGGUAUCUCUGUUGUAUGUUCGUUGGAUUUCUUGAUUUGGGUAUCUUCCUCUGCUUGUAAAACUCAGGAUAUAGUUCAGAUUAUUUUAUUCUGGGAGUGGAUAUAUACUUAUAUAUAUAUAUAUAUAUAUAUAUAUAUGUAUAUAUUAUAUGUAUAGAUACACAUAUAUGUUGUUGUUAGGCUGAAAUUCGAAAAGAUGAAUCUGGGUGGUCACGCAGCGAAAUCGAUCUCCAUGGGUUGUUCAAGUAUGACUUUGAAAUCCGGAGAUGGGGCUUCCGACCAGUUUCCGGCGGGUCUUCGGGUACUUGUUGUUGACGAUGACCCGACUUGUCUCAAGAUCUUAGAGAAGAUGCUUCGGUACUGCCUCUACGAAGUAACCAAAUGUAAUCGGGCAGAGAUUGCGUUAUCUUUCUUACGAGAGAACAGAAAUGGGUUUGAUAUUGUUAUAAGUGACGUCCACAUGCCUGACAUGAAUGGGUUCAAACUCCUUGAGCACAUUGGGCUGGAAAUGGACCUGCCUGUUAUCAUGAUGUCUGCGGAUGAUAGUAAAGAUGUUGUCAUGAAGGGUGUUACUCAUGGUGCAUGUGAUUAUCUGAUCAAACCAGUUCGAAUGGAGGCGCUGAAGAACAUAUGGCAGCAUGUGGUACGGAAGAAGAAGCAUGAGUGGAAAGAUUUUGAGCAGUCAGGAAGCAUGGAAGAUGGAGAACGGCAACCAAAGCCAUCUGAAGAUGUAGAUUACUCGUCGUCAGUAAAUGAAGGGAAUUGGAGUAACUCGAAGAGGAGGAAGGAUGAGGACGAUGAAGUAGAUGAGAGGGAUGAUACAUCCGCAUUAAAGAAACAGCGGGUGGUUUGGUCUGUAGAACUCCAUCAAGAGUUUGUGGCAGCUGUAAAUCAACUUGGCAUUGACAAGGCUGUUCCCAAGAAAAUUCUUGAGUUGAUGAAUGUUCCUAGGCUAACUAGAGAAAAUGUUGCUAGCCACCUUCAGAAAUAUCGCCUCUAUCUCAGAAGGCUAACCGGGGUAUCACAGCAUCAGAGUGGACUCAUUAACUCUUUCAUGGGAGCCCCAGAAGUAGCGUUUGGGUCCACUUCUUCACUUAAUGGGCUUGAUCUUCAAGCUCUAGCUGCCACCGGUCAACUCCCAGCACAAAGUCUUGCCACUCUCCAGGCAGCACUUGGUAGGUCCAGCACUAAAUCUGGCAUAUCCAUGCCCCUUAUUGAACAAAGAAACCUUUUUAGCUUUGAAAAUCCAAAGUUAAGAUUUGGAGAGGGGCAACAACAACUGGGCAAUAGUAGUAAGCAAAUGAACUUACUUCAUGGAAUCCCAACCACCAUGGAGCCAAAACAGCUUGCCAGCUUGCACCAAUCUGCACAGUCCUUCAGGGGCAUGAAUAUGCAAGUCAACGCCCAGGGAAGCCAGAGUAGUUCUUUACAGGUGCAUAUGUCUCAACCUCAGUCAGGGGCACAGAGAGCGAGUGAAACUAAUGGCGGUCAAAUUUCAAGGCUCCAGUCAUCAAUAAUACAUCCUAUUUUGUCAAAUGGAAUUGCCACUGGGGUUCUGGCAAGAAAUGGAACAGUUGACAAUGUAAGAGGGGCGAUGUACAGUUCGGUUUCCCAAGCCUCUUCAGUGGUAGAUUUCUCGGUGGACCAAAACACUGAUUUGCCAGGGAAUAGUUUUCUUCUUGGGAAUAAUUCAGGGAUGUCCAUUCUCACAUCUAAAGGAGUGCUCCAAGAGGAGGUUAACUCAGAAAUGAAAGGAUCGGGAGGACUUGUUCCAAAUUAUGAUGCAUUUAGUGAGCUGCAUCAGCAUAAAAUCCAAGAUUGGGUGUUACAGAAUGUUGGUUUGACCUUUGAUGCGUCCCAACAUGUGAACAUACAAGGAAGCCUGGAUAUCCACCCAUCAGUUUUGGUACACCAAAGCUUUUCUUCCGGUCAAAAAAGUGAUCAGAGCGGGAAUGCAUCUAUUGGCAAGGGAAUGCUCUCAGCAGGAGAAGAAAGUGGACAGUGGAAUGCUGCACUAAAUAUGGGGCAGCCACUUAACCCACGUCUUGGUAACAGUUCACUAAGGGUUAAGGCUGAAAAUUUUACUGAUAUGAGCCGUCAGAGUAUCCUAUUGUCUGAACAGUUCGGUCAGGAAGACCUUAUGAGUGCACUUCUCAGGCAGCAAGAAGGCAUUGGACCGGUAGCAAAUGAGUUUGGAUUUGAUGGGUAUACCUUAGAUACUCUUCCUGCGUAGUAGAAUAAGCUCCAUGAUUCAUGCUCCAUCCUCAUUUUGAUUGCAGUUUCUGGUGUGUAUAGUUUGCUAUUAGAGCUGAACUCAACUCAUCCUUCUGCAAUCAAAGGGUAAAGAUUCGGUUUCAUGUUUACUUUAUGAUAUACAGGAUCUCGAUUUCAUUUUUCUGCAUCUUCCGGCUGUGAUUAGCUUGUUGUGCUUGUUCUUGUUCGAGUUUUUAAAGACGGAACGGGAAUCCAGAAUCAUUUGAAUUGGAAGUUGAUGCAGGAACAUGUAACAUAUGACUCCAUGAUGUGGCAAGGCAUACAUGCGAAGUUUUGACUGAUUUUGGUAGGUGAAUUUUAGGUGCCGCUUGCGAAGCUGUAUUGAUGGUGGGCUUUAGGUCUUUCGAACUCUAAUAACACGAAUUAUUGUUCUUUUAGGAGUUCGACUGUGAUGUACAUACAGACUUCAUUUGAUUCUUCAAGACACAAGUCUUGCUAGGCUAUUUAAGGCUUUUUCCUUGUACUUUGAAUAAUUUAAGUUGUUAUUUGUGAUUUAUUAGCUUUGUUGACAACCACCUCUUUUACAAGUUGUAAUGUACUCCUUUUUGUUUU